AUGUCAAAUAUACAUGAUAAUGAAGAUAAAAGAACCGGAACUGGCGUCCUUGACUCUCAGCAUAAUGGGAUACCUGAAGUGACAAACCAGAGGAUGAAAAGUGCAUUAAAGAAGAGAUAUAGAAGGAAAGAAUCAUCGAGACAUGUGUACGGUGAUAGCAUGGACUAUUUUGAUGACUCUUCUAUUGAUUCGUCACCAUUGUUAUCUUCAACUCCACCAAACGUUUCUAAAGCACUAAUAAAAUUAUAUCCAUAUUUAAUUGUAGCAGACAAAGCGUUGAGUCUGUUUACAUGGACUAAUGAUGAACAUUGGCCUAAUUAUUUGGUAAUUGUUUUCUUUAUCAUUACAACAAUAUAUUUUGAUUUUAUUGUAAAAUAUUUUGGACAAUUGAUAAUAAUAGGAUUGUUGUGGCUUUACUCAAUGAUGGAUAAUUCAGUCACAAAGACAGUAUCAGCGUACCCUACUUUAGAUGAUAUAGUUCAUAUGAUGGGGAGAGUAUCCAAGAAAGCUGAUAUAAUAUUAGCUCCAGUGAGAGUAUUAAGUCUACAAGAUAUUAAACGACUUUUUUUCACAAUAACAUUCUUUUUACCACUAUAUGUGAUAAUAUCAUUAUUUAUAAUAACCCCCAAGAAAUUAUUUUUGUUGGGAGGUAUCUAUACAUUAACUUAUCACUCAGCAUUCUGUGUGCUGAUUAGAAGAGCAUUAUGGAAUAUACGGAUUGUUAGAUUGUUUUCCUUUUAUGUGACAGGUCUUGAUUUAGGUGGUAUUAAUAAACAUCAAGGAAUAUUCAUUACAGUUAGUGAACAAAUGAAAAAUUCAAAUUUUGGCAAUAAAGGUAAAGGGAAGGGAUCUACAAUAGGUGAUAAGGCAAAAGCCAUAAGAUUUACUUAUGCAUUGUACGAGAAUCAACGUCGAUGGCUUGGUAUCGGAUGGACAUCAACUAUGUUAAGUUACGAAAGGGCAGCAUGGACAGAUGCGUAUUUGAAUCCAGCUCCUCCUUUAACCCAUUUUAAAUUACCCGAUGAUGACUCUGAUAUGAAAUGGCAAUGGGUAGAUGAGAAUUGGAGUUUAGAUAUGGCGAACGAUGGUGCUAUCCAAUUAUCAAGAUCUCAACCAAAGUUAGUAUCAUCACCUGGAAGUAAUUCUGGUUAUAUAUAUAGCGAUAAUACAUGGACCAAUCCUUCUACAGAUGAUACGUAUGCUAAAUAUACAAGAAGGAGAAGGUGGAUAAGAACAGCAGAAUUGGUAAACACUUCAUUAUUGGAUGUUAGUGGUUCUAAAAUUCUCGAAUAUGAUGAUGGAGAUGAUAAUAAAGAAAAUUAUAGUGAGAACGAUUCUACUAGAUCCAUAAGUGGUACUAAAAAAUCGGUACAUCUUUCAGUGUCAUCAAACAAUGAAGAUGAAGAUAAUGACAAUAGUAGAGGAAGAUCAGUUUCGUUUAGUAAUGUUCAAAAUGUAAGGAUAAUUCCUGCAAAUGAUUCAUCAUUUGAAGAAACUGAAACUGAAUCAGAGGAUGAUUCUCAUCAACAUUGUAGAAACAAAGGAAUUGAUUCACUUCGCUAUUUAUGA